GUUGCGGCUUCCGGGUCAAGUCUUUCAAUAUCCGCCUCUUUCAACAAACAGCCCUUCCGGCUUAACCGCCAUCACCGACACCAGACAUGGCUAUACGUUAUCCAAUGGCCAUUGGCCUUAACAAAGGUCAUCCAGUUACCAAAAAUAUAACUACCCCCAAACACAGCCGCCGACGUGGGCGUCUGACCAAGCACAGCAAGUUUGUUCGGGACAUGAUCCGUGAAGUUUGUGGUUUUGCUCCAUAUGAGAGACGAGCCAUGGAGUUGCUGAAGGUGUCUAAGGACAAGAGAGCCCUCAAAUUUAUCAAGAAGAGGAUUGGCACUCACAUUCGGGCCAAGAGAAAGAGAGAGGAGCUGAGCAACGUGCUGGCUGCCAUGAGAAAGGCUGCAGCCAAGAAGGACUGAAUGGUCACUUAAAUAAAGUUCUGUUUAAGUACAAAA